AUGCCACCUGAACGCCCCAAUGUACCGGUGAAGCUGUCCUUGCCCUUGCAAUACCAGCAGGACAUCUUCACCGAACUGCGCUCGGAGGAUGAGUUGGUGAUCCUUGCUCGGGGCCUUGGCCUCUUACGCCUGGUGACGAAUUUGCUACAUUUUUAUGAUGCUGCAGGAAACAAUUUGGUGCUUGUUGUUGGCGCAGAUGACCGCGAAAAUGAAUGGAUUGGAGAAGCAUUGGCUGAGCACUAUGCUAUCAGCAAAACCCCUCUUGCCAGGGGCCUCAAGGUGAUCAAUACGGACAGGGCCACGGUUCCGAUGCGCGAGAAGAUCUACUCCGAAGGUGGUAUCCUGAGUGUAACAUCCAGGAUACUAAUAGUUGACUUUCUGUCGAAGCUGCUCGACCCUGAGAAGGUCACUGGUAUGGUCGUGCUUCAUGCUGAUAAGAUUGUGGCAACGUCCAUUGAAGCAUUCGUUAUCCGGGCAUAUCGAGAACACAACAAACGUGGAUUCCUAAAGGCCUUCUCCGACUCCCCGGAACCAUUCACGACCGGAUUUGCCCCUUUGGCGAAUUCCCUGCGCAACCUCUUCCUUCGCAAGACUUCUUUAUGGCCACGCUUCCAUGUCACCGUUGCGGAGGCUCUCGAGGGCCACAGAAAAGCGGAGGUGAUCGAACUUGAAGUCCCGAUGAGUGAUAAGAUGCGCGAGAUACAGAACGCCGUCCUUGAGUGCGUGGAGAUUUGUAUAGGAGAGCUAAAGAAAGCAAACACGGGACUUGACAUGGCAGACUGGACACUCGACAGUGCUUUACAUAGGUCUUUUGAUAUUGCAAUUAGGCGCCAGCUGGAUCCCAUAUGGCACCGUGUGAGCUUCCGGACCAGACAGAUCGUCAGUGACUUAUCAGACCUUCGGGCAAUUCUCCAUGCUUUGCUCACCUAUGACGCCGUCUCGUUCCUCAAAUAUCUUGAUACGAUUGUCACAGCACAUACUCCGCCUCCUGGGUCCACGAAACAUAGCUAUUCACCAUGGCUGUUCCUCGACGCAGCCGAUGUGCUGUUUCAGACCGCGAGAUCAAGAGUAUAUCAGGGGAGAAUCAGCAACGAUGUAGUCCGCUCAUCGUCCACAUCUCUACCUACCACACUCCAGCCCGUUCUGGAAGAACAGCCAAAAUGGGAAGUCGUAGCGGAGGUCCUGCAAGAAAUCGAAACGGACGCAUAUCUCAAUCCAGUCAACGUGGACGAGUCCAACAGUACUGUCUUGAUCAUGUGCAGUGACCAACGGACCUGUCGGCAACUUCGCGAGUACAUGGGCACGAUGCAUGCCAACGUGAGUAGCAAGAAGCAGGAGACAAGGGAUACAUCGGAUCCAGGUGAUGCCAUCCACGAGAAGAAGGGUUCCGCUGAAGUCAUGAUGCGCCGAAGGCUGCGGGAUUAUAUGGACUGGAAGUUAUCCUUGUCUAAUGUUAGCAAGAACUUUUCGUCAAAUCCCGCGGGUGACGGUUCCCAGUCGCCUGCGGUGAAUUCACCUGGUUCUCUAAACCAAGGAAGAGCCCCAAUGAACAAGCGGCGCCGCGUCCGAGGAGGAGGCACUCCAUCCGUCCCAGCACGCGCGCCCAACAGCGGUAUCCAAGUAGAUAUUGAACCUCCGGCCCAAGUGUCGGCACUCCUAGAUGAAAUUCAGCCUACUGAGGUAGAAGAGACCCAAAAAGAGGAGGUUAUCGUCGAUGAUUUGGAAGAUAUGGACGAUUACUACGAAUUGUACGAUAUGGAUGACUUGGUUAUCAUACACCCUUACGACGGUGAUAUGGAUGAGCAUAUUCUGGAAGAGGUUCGGCCUCGGUACAUCAUCAUGUACGAGCCAGACCCUGCAUUCAUUCGACGAGUGGAGGUCUACCGCAGCUCCCAUGUUGGGAGGGACGUACGCGUUUAUUUCAUCUACUACGGGGGAUCUGUUGAAGAACAGCGCUACUUGAGCGCCGUACGGCGAGAGAAAGACUCGUUCACAAAGCUCAUCAAAGAGAAAAGUAACAUGGCCGUCACCAUCACGCAUGACAAGAGUCAAGUAGACCCUCAAGAACAGUUCCUUCGCACCGUGAACACCCGUAUCGCAGGAGGCGGCCGACUAGCCGCAACAGCAUCACCACCCCGAGUCGUGAUAGAUGUACGCGAGUUCAGAAGCGCCCUUCCAUCCCUCCUACAUGGCAACAACAUGAUCGUCGUCCCCUGCCAACUCACAGUGGGCGACUACAUCCUCACGCCCGACAUCUGCGUAGAACGCAAAUCAGUCCGCGACCUGAUAUCCUCCUUACGAAACGGCCGUCUCUACAACCAAGCAGAAACCAUGCUCCAACACUACAAGAACCCCCUUCUUCUUAUCGAAUUCGAUGAAAACAAAUCCUUCACCUUCGACGCCUUCGCCUCCGCAACCACCCCCGGCACAACCUUCCUCACCGACUUCGGUUUCUCCUCCUCCGGCACAAGCACCCUAUCCGCAAACAGCUCCCUCGUCAACCCAUCUAGCCCCAAAUCCGCCCAACACUUACUCGUUCUCCUAACUCUCACUUUCCCCCGGCUCAAGAUCAUCUGGUCCUCUUCCCCCUACCAAACAGCAGAGAUCUUCGCCGAGCUGAAGAAGAACAACCCGGAGCCGGAUCCGAUUCGGGCUGUUCAGACCGGGCUAGACAUGGAUAUUGCGGCGUCAUCGCACUCGGGCGAUAUUAUGGCUGCGGCGGGGAUCGAGCAUCGGGUCUUUAAUCUCUUGCCUCAGGAUAUGCUCCGGGCGGUUCCGGGCGUUAAUCCUAAUGUCCUUGAGCGGUUGAUUGUGGAGACGGAGAAUAUUCAUGAGAUUGCGAAUAUGAGCGUGGAGCAGUUGGAUCCGUUGGUUGGGAUAGAGACGGCUCGGAAGAUAGUGGGGUUCUUUCGUAAGAGUGUGUUUGAGAGUUGA